AUGAAAGAUCUUACGAAAUGUCUGGUUGCUUUCGGUGUUACUCACACUUCAGGAUGGGGCCCACGUGAUCCUCACUUUGCUCGGUUUGAGAGGCUGCAUCAUGUGACCGCUAAUCGAUUUCAUUGGUUUUUGUUGUUGUUAAAACACGAUGCAUUCAUUCGCCUGUCAACGGAAAUUGUAAAAUUGAUGGAAUUAGACAGAUUUAUUGCAACUUGGGCCCCGCCUUCACAAAAGCGGGCGCCCCAAGACACUCACCAACCGAAUAGUAAUUCCAAGAAGAGAAUGGAAAGACCAACUGCCAAAACUAUUUGCACCAACUAA